GUUUUUCAUUCGAAUGGUUUGUUUGUUUUCUUAAAAAAAAAACAGGUAUUAUUGCUCACAUCUGCUAUAUGCCAUCCCGUGGACCGUGAUAAGGACGAAAAAAGACCUUACGAAUUCGGCUUCACCAUAGAUGGAGAACAGCAUAGGUAUGAAAAAAAAGAUGAAAAAGGCAUAAUUAUGGGUGAAUUCGGUUUCAUCACGGCUGAUGGUAUUUACCACGUUACAGUAUAUGCAACAGAUGAAAAUGGUGAUUUCAAAAUAAUAAGUAUGAAGAAUAUUAAAGUUGGAUUUCCACCUGGAGGAACCACAACAACUACAGCUAAGCCAUAUCCCAAAACAAAGUUGCAGUUAAACGGAAUUAUGGGUUGCAGUGGCUGCCUGAUACCAGAAAUCUCGCCUGCUAUGGUUCCAAAAGAAUAUCCUUUAGACAACAAGGCUUUCGUCAAAAAGGACUUCAGUGAUGGUCGGAAUUCCGAAGUCAAUAAAAACCAAUCUUCUUCAUUUUUCGGUAAUACGCCAAAGAAUCGUUUUGAGACCAGUGGAAGUAUUAAUACUGUGCCACCAAGUGAUCAACAAUUCGGAGGCGAAAAGCAAAACAAACAAAAGCCACAAUCCACGGCCAUGCUUGUUCCGAACAUCUCAACCCCAAAUGACAUUAAUAAUAAAGUUUAUGUUAAACCACUAAAUGACAAGAUACAUUCCACUCAAAUAAACAUUCCAGGAUCACCUCAAACAACAAAACCAAUACAAGAGGGGUUGACUCCAAACCUUAUUCAGAAUAAGAUCAGUAAUAAUACUCCGGUUAGCGCCACGUUGCAACCUCAACUAAAUGAUAUAGAAAUGAAAAUUCUAGAUUAUAUGGCUAAGUUAUAUAAGUUCAAUUAUAGCCUCAGCUUUCACGGACACGAAGAAACGGGAGAUUUUGGAGGCAACAAAAAUGGCUCAUACUUUUCAAAUGGAAGAGAUGGUUACCAAAGAAAGGUUGUAUACAUUGCUAAUGAAUUUGGUUAUCAGCCAAAAAUAUCUCUGAUUAAACUGGAUGAUGAAUUUAUUCCUAAGGAGGAAACUGAAAAAGAGCUUACCAAACUGAAAGGAAGCGAAUUUAUUUGGCUCUACGAAAAGAAAUAGCAAUAUUUCAUAAACAUCAACUAAAAAAAAAAAAAAUAAUAAUAAUAAAAAUGUAAAUAUGUAGGUAUGCUUGUAUGAGUUUGUAUUUGUAAAUAAAUUUUUUGAUCUAAAGAUUAGAUUAUAUGAUUUUCCUUAACAUGCUUCUCCGUUUACUAACAUAAACUUAUUGGGUUGGCGAAUAAGUCCUUUUGGUUUUUCUGUUUAUUUUUAUUUCACUAUGAUACACUUCUUAUCUGAUGAAUUAAUUCCUAAGAUGCAUUGUUUAUCCUGUUUGUA